AUGGCUUCAUUUAUGGAUCUCUCACUCGAUACGAGGCACAGAAUUUAUGCGUACCUGCAUUUGUUUCGUUUGUGUCCGAUCGAGUUCAACCGUCCAGAGGUAUACCACCCGCCAGACGAAUCUUCUUCUUCUGCUUCACCAGGCUGGUAUCUCUGCUCUACGAUACCGAUGAAGUGCUUGUACAUCGCUCGAAAAUACGGUGGUAAGAGUACCCCAUCGGUAUCUCCAGACAUACCGGACUGCCAAUGCCCAAAGUUGCCGCUCCUACGACUUCUACUGGUCUCUCGAACAUUUUACCAUGAUAUUUUCAAGGCCUUUUAUUCACGUAAUCGUUUCGCGGUUCGGAUCUACGAUGCCCGGGGGUUUGAGUCUUUUCAUGUGGGCCGGCAUAUUCAAGGUACUCUCACUUCCCUCUUGGUUCGACUCAACUGCUGGCCGUGCCCACGGGGACAUGAAGAAGCAGGGGGCGAUGGCCUUCAAUGUGGGAUUUGCAAAUUUGAUUCCACAAAUGCAGAUCCUGCUAUGGAUAUCACAUCUCGAGCUGGUGAUGAUCUUGUCCACUGGUGGCGGUGGUUCGCUAAGGGUCUUGAAUCAUCAAUUAUGUCUAAGCAUUUGAAUCUCACGCUCGUCUGCGACGUCGUAGACAGAGCAUCUGGCAUGGCUGUUGUUGAGCCACUAUUGACCUUGGCGACAUUGAAAGGAUGUACUAUUCGACUAGGCAGAGGUUCCAAUGAUGAGUUAUCUCGACUAGCCGAAGAAUACUCUCUUCGUGCACAAGCUCUCUUCAUCAAAACACCAGGAACGUUCCCCUUCCAGCGUCUGCCUGAAGAGUUACGUCUUCUGAUUCUCAGUUAUACACAUCUUGGCGACCACUAUUUGUAUUCCCGGGACAGCCAUCUCCUGAAAAUCGUGAACAAUGAGCUUGUCAAUAAAAUCACAACCUGCUGUCGAAAGUGUACGCCCACUCGGAUCGAUUGUUGCUGUUCUUCGACUCGCGCAGCUUACUCCUCAACUUGCGAGUGUCGUCACAUUCCAUUCGCCCUCUUACUCGUUAGCAAACAAAUGAGAGCAGAUACAAUCAGGGUCUUACAUUCACAGAAUGCCUUCGAGUUUCUCCAAGAUCCAAUAGAGACUAUUCAUUUCCUACAGAAAUUCCCACAAGAAACAUUAAAACACAUCCGACGGAUACACUUCCACUUUUCCGAAACCGAAAUCAAUAACUGGACAAAACGUAGCUACAACAACAAACUCACCCAACUAAUCCAAUGCAUCAAGCAAAAUCUCAACACCACCCACCUUUCCAUCACCGUCAUCCUCGAAACCUUCGACACUGGCGGCUACGCAGAGGACGAUGAGGACUUGCAACUCCUGUACGACAUCUACCGUGAUAUCACACGGGCUUUUCGUCUGCUGAACGAACUAGAGGAUAUUCAGUUUGACGUUGGUUGGUUUAUUUAUCUGGAGCCGAUUAUGAGGAGGGCGGUUUUGGGAAGAGCGGUUCUGAUGGGGUUGUUGAAAUUGAAAUGGUCAUAUCCUGAGGGUGACCCGCCGGGAUGUUUUAGGUUGCCGGUGUGGUAUAGAAGGGGGAUUUUACGAGGUGUUGAGGGGGCGAUUGAGAAGGAGGUUGGCGAUGUGGAAGAGUUUCUUUCUUGGUGUUGA